AUGGCUCUCGGACCCAUCCACUGCGGCUCUUUCCUGCUGCUAGCAGCGACCGUUCUCCUGCUAGUGUCGAGUAUAUCGGCCCCAGUAAUUCACAACAUCUCAUUCCUCAACAUCAAUCAGGGAUCUUCAUCGGAGGCUACGUUCGGUGUCUUUGGCUAUUGCUCAAACAUCAUCGGGUCAGACUCUUGCAGUGACCGUACACUCGGCUACGACAUCGCCGACGUGACCGGCACCCUCACCAACUUUUCCUACGUCAACGACCACCUCGAGUCCCUCACCAAAGCCCUCAUCCUCCACCCCAUCGCCACCGGCAUCGCCUUCCUCUCCUUCCUCAUCGCCCUCGCCUCAGACCACAUCGGCUUCCUCUUUGCCGCCUUUGUUGCGUUCGUGGCGUUCGUGGUGUCGUUGGCGGCGAUGAUUAUCGACUUUGUGAUGUUCGGGGUGGUGAGGCAUCAGGUGAACGAUAAUACGGAUGCGUCGGCGAGUUUCGGGACGGCGAUCUGGUUGACGCUGGCGGCUACUAUCGUUCUCUUCUUCUCUUCCUUUAUCGUCUGCUUUAGCUGCUGCACGAACAGGACGAGGAGCAGGCGGGAUACCGAGUAUGCUCAGCCGCCUAUGGCGCAGAACGGGUUCGAGAGGAGGAGAUGGUGGAACAGGGGGCAGUAUAGGUAUUAG